GCGGGAGGCUGGGUCGAGGGGGCUUCUUCGGGUAGAUUCCAGCGGGUGGGAUCCUUUCAUUGCUCUGGGGGAAGCUGCCUGUUCCUGUGUGACUUUGGGAAGUUGGCGUGCAGCCUGGGAAGUGCUGAUCUAGCUGUGUGGGAGGAAGUAAUCCCUCUGUGCCGUCAGUUCUCUAGCCCCCUCCCCUCUCCCCACCCCGGUUUGCAUGACAGCUUGACUACCCGGAUGGGAGGGCUGCAUUUCAAAUGCAUCUUUAUUUGGGAGUGGGAGAUAGGAUCUGGGCCUUGGUGCUGCUGGUGGCUUCCCUUUGCUCUGGCUGAUAGACUGGCUCGAGGGUGGGCGCUCUGCCCUCCAAGGGUUGCUGCACCCAGGCCUUUCAGGUCUUCAGCCUUGGUGGUGCAGACGGAAUCCGUAUGAUUUUGUGUGGCCCUCGAUGGUCAGAGGGUUUUAUAGACCUGCCGACCCCGGGGAACUGGGGAUGUGUGCGAAAUACGUCUUCUCAUUGUCCCAACUCCGGGAUUAACUAGUUCCAGUGACCUUGGGCAGAGAUGCUGCCUGGAAUCUCUUCCAGCCUGCCUGUCUCCUCCAGUGGCCCUGAAGUGAGAGGAGCCACAGAAAGAGCAUGAUUUACUGAACAACCCAUGGAUCUCCAAAGCCCAUCACUCGGAUUCUGUUUCCAUCUCUGCUGCUGACUCCCAGAGGAUUUGGGGCUUGAAGCCCACCAUGGAGCCAGGGCGCAUAGAGAACCUCUCCAUUCUCUACCAGAGCUCGGACUUCAUCGUGGUCAACAAGCAUUGGGACCUCCGCAUCGACAGCAAGAUGUGGUACGAGACCCUGACCCUGCAGAGUCAGCUGAAGCACCGGUUCCCAGAGCUGGCUGACCCUGACACUUACUACGGCUUCAGGUUCUGUCACCAACUGGAUUUCUCCACCAGUGGAGCGCUCUGUGUGGCUUUGAACAAGGCAGCGGCAGGCAGGGCCUACAAGUGCUUCAAGGAGCGGCGGGUCACCAAAGCCUACCUUGCCCUGGUUCGAGGCCAUGUGCAAGAGAGCAGGAUGACCAUCAACCAUGCCAUUGGGAAGAAUACGACAGAAGGCCUGACCCACAUGAUGUGUAUUGAAGGGACAGAAGGCUGUGAGAAUGCCAAACCGUGCCUGACGGAACUGACAGUUCUGGAGCGUGGGCUGUAUGAUGGUGAUCCCGUCUCCAAAGUCCUCCUCCAGCCCCUCACAGGCCGGACCCACCAGCUGCGAGUACACUGCAGCAGCAGUGGGCAUCCCAUUGUGGGCGACUUCACCUAUAGCUUCAAGAAGGAUAGCCGCCCCUUCCGCAUGAUGCUGCACGCCUUCUAUCUCCGCAUCCCCACGUGCGGGGAGCUCAUCGAGGUGAGCACGCCUGACCCCUUCGUGCCCACGCUGGAUGCUAACUGGCAGCCCCAACAAUCGGUCCACCCCCUGGAGCAAGUCAUCCAGGCCCUGAAGGCCACAGCGGACCCAGCCCUUGGGGAAACUUCACCUCUGCCCAAGGUGGGCCAGGAUGUGAUCACUCAGGUGGCUGGGGCCAAGGAAUCAGAGGAGCAGCGGGCCAGGUGCCAGCAGUGGUUGGCUGAAUGGGCAGUGGAGCCAGAGAACUGAACUGUGCACUGAUACCCAGCUGCCCAUCCUUGGAAGGGCCUCAGUGACCUGUCAUUAGGAAACCCUACCCAUUCCCAGAUACGGAUCAUCUCUCUUCCCCAGACCUUGAGUAAGAUGGAAUUGGGGCUUAGUGGAAGGCCACGCUCAGCCAGAGAGGGGUUUCUUCCCCCUCCCUCCCUCCCUUCCCCUACCAGGUUCCCUACCUCCUAUACCCAGUAUCUCCAAGCCAUUAUCCCCCGGGGGGUGGUGGUAUGGGCUGGAACUUGGGCAGUUAGUUUCAAGCCGGUGCCAUAAGGAAAACAGCUAGCCCCUGAUUCCCCACCCCUGGGCACCUACAGUACAGGGAUGGAUGGAUAUUCACUAUCCUGAACGGUAGAGUGAACAGAGAUCGGAUGUUUCCUUGUUACUGUCUACAGGCAGCUAGUGGUGCGGUGAACAGAGCACUGGGUCUGGAGUCAGGAAGACCUCAGUUCAAAUCCAGUCUCAGAUACUUGCUAGCUGUGUGACCUU